CCGCCCGCCCGCCCGCCCCAGCGACCCAGCAGAGCUUCCGUGCCGAGAGUUUAAUUUUUUUUACUCUUUGCCCUUGUCUACCCACCGCCCUCCACAACAACAACCGAAUUUCUUCUCUUCCUCUCCUCACUCGUGACCGCAAUUCACGUCAUUGAAUUGAUACCUCACCCUUCCGUCCUGUCUGCCUGCCGCCACCACCGGCCCCCCCGAUCUACUCGACCCCAAUUAGGUUACUGAGACACGCUCUCGGCGCCGUCGUCGCCGCGACGUGAGAGUAUGACCUCCAGCUACGGCACCGCCGCGCCGCCCGUGGCCGCCGGCAACGGCCACGGCAACGGCGUCGUCGGCGACGAAGAGGCGCCGCUCCUCGGCGGGCGCCACGGCCGCAAGCCCAUCUCCAAGUCGGUCCUCGUCCGCUGGCGCAAGCAGCUCCGCGCCGAGGUGUCGCGCUCCUGGGCCGACCUCGUCCUGCUGCUGUGCUACAUCGUCACCGGCCUGCUCGACAGCGCCUCGACGCAGGUCUGGGGCGCUUUUGUCUCCAUGCAGACGGGAAACACCGUCUACGUCGGUCUCGGUCUCGCCUCUCUCGCCUACCCGCCCACGAGCCCCCGCCUCUACAAGUCGGGCGUCUCCCUGCUCUCCUUCUGCGUCGGCUCCUUCUUCUUCGCCCGAUUCCACCGCUUCUUCUCGCCCAAGCGCCGCUGGGUCCUGUGCGUCUCCUUCGGCGCCCAGGCCCUCUUCACCGUCGCCGCCGCCUGCAUCGUCACCUUUGCGCCCGGCCCCUCGUCGGGCGGCGACAAGGACGACAGCGUCGUCGACUGGACCGUCCUGGUGCCCCUCGCCCUCGUUGCCUUCCAGAGCUGCGGCCAGGCCGUCACCAGCCGCGCCCUCAAGUACAACGCCCUCACCAGCGUCGUCCUCACCAGCAUCUACUGCGACCUCUUCUCCGACCAGGACCUCUUCGCCCUGCACAACGUCGAGCGCAACCGCCGCGCCGCCGCGCCCCUGCUGCUGCUGCUCGGCGCCGUCGCCGGCGGCGUCUUCUCCCACAGCCCCGUCGGCAUCGGUGGCGCCCUGUGGACCGCCGCCGCCAUCAAGGCGUCCAUGGUGGUCAUGUGGUUCUUUUGGCCCGCCGAGCCCGAGGAGGACGAAUCCUGAGGAAGCCAAUCGCAAGCAUUAUUUUGGUGGUUGUUUUUAUGGCCAUCUACCCCUGUACUAUCGCCAAAGAGUUGCCUGUGCAUAGUGUCCAAACAUAGGUGCACAUUUACGUAGCCAGCGUUCGCAGUGCGGCGCACAGUCCGGCCAGUAGUCAUUUUUCAC